AUGACGAUGAUCAGUGCUAAGAAACUCAUUAAGAUGGCCAGGAGAUGGCAAAAGUUUGCGGCCAAGCAGAGGAAGAGGAUUGUAUUUCCAAGAAAUGGUAGUGAUACAGACAGUAGUAGUAGUACAUCUUCAUCUUCUAUAGCCGGGAAAAGUCAUUUUCUAGUCUAUACAAUUGAUCAAAGGCGCUACGUAAUUCCAUUGGCUUAUCUUGAAAAUGAGGUUAUUAGGCAACUUUUAAACAUGUCCGAAGAAGAGUUUGGGCUACCGAGUGGCGGCCCUAUUACAUUACCCUGUGACUCAGACUUCAUGGACUACAUCGUUUCACUAAUCAAGAAAGGUGUAGCUGCUGCAGAUCUUCACAAAGCAUUGCUCCUUUGA